AUCAUGGCUAUCACUGGAGGGACAGUGGAAACUCUAGAUGAAAUUCCAGCACAUGUGUGGAAGGGUUUGCCGGACUGUUUGAGUCUCAGGCCUUCUGCUAUAAAUCAAAGCCGCAUUGGUGUCUGGGCCACUCGGGUCAUUCCUAAAGGCAAGAGGUUCGGCCCAUUUGUUGGAGAGAAGAAAAAAAGGUCCCAGGUGACGAGUAACGUUUACAUGUGGGAGGUUUAUUUUCCUGCGCGGGGCUGGAUGUGCGUUGACGCCACAGACCCCACGAAGGGGAACUGGCUGCGAUACGUGAACUGGGCUCGCUCCAGUGAAGAGCAGAAUCUUUUCCCCCUGGAGAUCAACAGAGCCAUUUACUACAAAGUUUUAAGGCCUAUCGGGCCGGGAGAGGAGCUGCUGGUGUGGUACACUGUGGAAGACAACCCAGAGAUAACAGCUGCACUGGAGGAAGAAAGAGCCAGCAGUCAGAACAGGAAAAACUCACCCAGGGCGAAGCGAGCCAGGAGAAAGCUGCUGGAGAGAGCCAGACAGGCUGGUUUGGGUGGAUUCAAGAAAACGAGUGUAACCAAACCUACUGUCAAGGAGAUGUGGGAUGGGGAAGAAGGUCUGAAGGAGGAGGAUGAGAGGCCAUCGACCUUAGGACCCUCCCAGGAACUCCAGGAAAGCCAUCCCAUGGGAAGCACUGACCAUAGAGAUGUGGAAGACAUGUCAGUAGUGAUGAUGGACGGGAGAAUUGGGGAUGAAGAGGAUGAGGAAGAAGAGGACGAGGACGAGGAAGAUGCCGAUGAUUUGGAGGAACCAAGUGAAGUACAGCAGCACACUGCUCAGUCCUCACUUGCGGCUGAUUCCACGCAAAAUAAGCAGCCUGGCCCAUCGCUGACCCGUGGUGAAGAAAGCCAUAAGGAUUCACAGGGAAAGUUGGAGUCUUCCUCACUUGCAGGGCAAGAACCAGAGGUUGAUCCUGAUCCUGAUCCUGAUCUUGACCCAGACCCCGAUGGUGACCUUGAAGGUGAUCCCCACGGAGAGUCCUAUCCGUGUCAGCACUGUGAGCGCCACUUCUCCACCAGACAAGGUCUGGAACGUCACAAUCACAUUCAUGCCAUCACCAACCAGCAAACACAACUGUUCAAGUGCCGGUACUGCAGUAAAUCAUUUGGUUCACAGGUGGGGAGGCGGCGGCACGAGAGGAGGCACGAGAGUGGGCCUAAUAAAAAAAGGCCUGGCUCUCUCGCUGGGACUGCCAGUCUACUCAGUCCUGUGGUGCACACGGACGGUUCAAGUCCUGAUUGCACCAGCCCAACUAGUAAUUAUAUAGCCAUAGGGUCCCAGUUUACAGGAGGACCUCUGCACAACUCUGAGCUUCUGAGAAAGGAGUUGGGGCCUCAUGCCGACCGUCCAUUUAUCUUGGAUGAAAAUGGGGAGUCUAAAGAACUCCAUCCCUGCAAGUACUGUAACAAAGCAUUUGGCACACACACCAACAUGCGCCGACACCAACGCAGAAUACACGAGCGGCACUUGUUACCAAAGGGAGUGCGCAGGAAAGGCAUGCUGCUGCAAGAAGCAUCGGUGCAGCAACAGCCUGAUGAGUCCCCCAGCACCAGCCCUCCGCCCGUCUACGUGCCCAGUGCGGACACAGAGGAUGAGGUAGACAGGGAUGAUUACGCAGUUGACAUAUCCAAAAACAUCUCUGAGAAUUUGAGCUUCUACAUUGACGGCAAGAUUGUGUCUACCAGUUCAGUGAGCAGCUGUGAGGUGAUAGAGGUGGACUCCAGAUCUGCAGCUCUGUUCGGGUUGGACACCGUCAUCAUCAGCCCGAAUCAGAUCAGUCAGGCACUGAAGGUGGAGGGUAGAAAUAGUGCUGCAAAGCAAGUCUCCAGCAUUGGCCAGCCAGCGGCAAAAAGAAGAACAUCAACACCCCCACUUAUUCCCGGCCUUAAAGUGGAGACUGAAACGGCAUCUUUCACAGCCUCUUCAUCGUCUUCAUCAUCCUCUACAUCUUCCUCAUCGAACUUGUUAGUGGGUGGACUGUUUCAACAAGCUGCAGAUUCAUCCGGAUUUCAACGAGAGAAAACUGUUUAUCUCUCACCGAAGCUCAAACAGCUCCUUCAGACGCAAGACAUUCAGAAAUCAACCAUCGCCCUGAUAACAGAAAGCCAAAGACUGGCUUCCCCGCUGUCAGUCACAUCGCUGCCGGGGGCUUCAGGCAGGUUUAAAAGAAGAACAGCCUCUCCCCCCUCAUCUCCACAGCUUAGUCCUGCAUGUAAAACAGAGACCUGUAAAGCCGAGGUGGCGAGCUCGUACACCCUUAAGGUGCCAAAGCUGGAAAGCCACAGCGCGUCAUCUCCUGGGAGCUUACUGGACAAGGAAGAUGGAGACAGCCUUCCUGGAAAUAAUAUGCAGGGCCAAACUUCUUCAAGUAGCGGUGGGAACUCCUGUAAUCAGCAGCCCUUGGAUCUGUCGAACUCAGUCAGUAGGAGGAGUGACAGCUUGAACAAGGUGCUUGGGGAUUCGGCACUUGACUUAAGCUUGCAUCGGAAGAGCGGUGUCGAGACUCCUGAAUUAAAAGGAAGUCCAGCACCACAGCCACUGAUAAAAAAGAGAAAACCUAACACCAGCAUGCUUGAAAAGGUGCUGAUGAAUGAGUAUGUAGGUCUACCUUUGCCAGGAGACGAGAGCCCAUUAGCGAACGUAAGUUGUUUUCAUUCUCGGUCUCCGAAUGUUUCAUCAGAAUCUGCCCACCCCUCUCCGCCCUCUUUGACCCCUGUCACCAUGAACCCAUCUUCCCCCGGUACCUCCAGUGUGACAUCCCCAACACCGCCUCCCCCUGUACUACCUACCAUACCCUCUCCGCUGAAUAUGCCUAGCUCUCCUCUCUCUCAGCCUUCAGACCCCACUGCACUGAGACCUCUUCCUGUCCUCUCGCCAAAAAUGUCCCCGAGAUCAGUUGAACGCAAGUCCCUGUCAGAGUCGGAGGAGAUUUUGUCAGCGGAAGAAAACAAAGACGAGGAAGAAAACCAUAUCCCUGAGCCACUGGACUCCCCGAAGACUCCACUUAAUGAUCCCCUUAAUUUUUCAGUGAAAUCAAGCUCUCCUAAGCCAGCAUCAGUAGAUCUGCCCACUACAGAAGAUGUUUCACUGACUACAACUGGCAGUCUGCUAAAUGGCAAAAUGAACCAAAACCUUGAUUCAGUAACAGAGAAAUCUCUUGCUGCUCUCUCUUCCCAGCCAGAAUCCUCACCUUCCUCAUCAUCUCCUCCUCCUGCAUCACAUUCACCCCAAUCACUGAUUUCACAAUCCCUCCCACAGAUUAAGAUAAAAGAAGAGCCUCUGCACUGCGUAGAUGAGCUGUCAGUCAUGAGUCAUGCACCUCUGGAUGGUGAUGAGUCUUCACCUCAUCUUGCUGCUCCUGAUAAACCGUCUGAUAAAACAUCUGAGGCGGAGGAUAUUGACUCAUCGUACAGCAAGACUUUUGUGUGUAAUGUCUGCGAGAAGCCAUUUAACUCCAUCAAAGAGCUCAGUGGACACAUCACAGAGCAUGCUGUGGAUUGGCCCUUCAAGUGUGAAUUUUGUGUGCAGCUGUUCGGUGACGCCCCAGCCCUUCUCGCUCACAGAACAACACUACAUGGAGUGGGCAGGAUCUUUGUGUGCUCUGUUUGUUCCAAGGAGUUCGCGUUUCUCUGUAACCUCCAGCAGCACCAAAAGGAUCUUCACCCGAACGAGACAUGUUCACAUAACACCGUAGAGAGCGGCAAGCUUAGGCCGCAAAACUACACAGAUCCAUCCAGAGCCAAAGAGGAGAGCAGUCCCUCGUCACCAGCACCAGAGACGACUGAUGAAGCUGCUCCACACAGUGACUCUGAUUUAACAAAAGAAGAGCCCGAUGUUAAUGGUAAUGAUGCAGAGGACAAGGCAGAAGAUCCCAAUGAGGAGCUGUACACUACAAUUAAGAUCAUGGCCUCAGAAGGAGCAAAGCCAAAAGGCCCAGAUGUCCGCCUUGGCAUUAAUCAACACUACCCUAGUUAUAAACCACCCCCUUUUCCUUAUCAUAGCCGUUCCCAUGCUGGCUCUGUGGCCUCAGCUACUAACUUCACCACCCACAACAUACCACAAACUUUCAGCACUGCCAUACGCUGCACCAAGUGUGGCAACAGCUUUGACAACAUGCCCGAACUGCACCAGCACAUUUUGGCUUGUGCCAAUGCUAGUGAUAAGAAGCGCUACACUCCCAAGAAAAACCCCAUUCCCCUCAAACAAAUAGUGAAGAGUCCGAAUGGAGUCGUGUCACCCUCAGCAGCCACUGCAGGUCAGAGUGCUUUCCGUAGAAUGGGUCAGCCAAAGAGACUUAACUUUAAUCAAGAUACUGGUAAAACAAAAAUGAGCGCCCUCAGUAAGAAGAAAAACCAGCUGGUCCAGAAGGCAAUUUCACAGAGAAAUAAAGCUGCCACUUUUGCGAAGAAGGCGAUUGUUAAAGUUGAAGAAGAACAGGCCUCUAACGUCUGCCCCCACUGCAGUCGGGCGUUUACUUAUCCUGCAAGUCUCAGUAAACAUAUGGCGGUCAGCUGUCCCAUGAAGCCGGUCGUUAAAAAGGGCAAAAAAGGUCUUGCAGAGGUGAAAAAAGAGGCAGUGUCGGUGGUAGAUAGACACAAGAAUCUUAGGAAGAAAGCUUCAUACUAUGAAAUACCGCAGACGGGGCCCGAGCCUAAACCCCUGGGAAAGACCAGAGCUCGUAGCUCUAGUGCAGCAGACCCUGAACCUUCCCAGCCAGGCAAAGGAAAAGCAGCGCUGGGCCGACUAAAGAGGCCUGCCUCAUUCCCAGCACCAGUUUCUGUUCGCAAAAAAACUAAGAAGGGCCAUGUUCAGUCUCUACCUCCCACCCCAUCAGCCCCGGACACUCCCAGUGACACUGCACAGCCGCGGCCAGCCAUGAGAAUGCAGCGUAUGGGCAAAGAGGCAGCACCCAAGAGAUUAGCAGACGCCAAAUCACCUCCACCCCAACAGCUGAAGAAGGAGGAGCGGUUCUCCCUUCGAGCAAGGGACAGAGUAGGUGGUCCAGUCACCAGGAGCUUACAAAUGGCCAACACAGCUCCUUCUGCUGAGGUGAAAGCUGAGGAACCACCAACUCAAGAGCCAAAAGAGACUCAGGAGGUGCUGAUGAAGUGAGCCAUGUGGACAUUUGUUGAGCUCUUCCUGGGAAAGCGGUGCUCACCUCUCAGGCAACGCUCUGGACUAAUCAAGGCACUGACAGCACUGAGGUUGACCUUUUUUGCGGUGGGCUUAUUCACUCAAUACAGUCUGCUUAUCUCAACUGCCUUUGUUGGAUUUAAGGAGGGAACUCUCUUUUAUCUUCCAUCUAUGUUAUGAACUGAACUGAGCCUUGAUUUUAGCCAGCCUUGCAAAAAAAAGGAAAAAAAGAAACCGUAAAUGACAAUGAGUUAAUAUAUACAAAAUGAGUCAUUACUUGACCCAAAACAGUAACAUUAGGGCUCCGUUAUGUUGGGAAGCUGAUAUAUUGCAAAUGGCAAUCAUGUAUCAGUUAGGGUUAGGGAAACUUGUUUAUUCUUCCGUUCCGUAUUUUCCCUAUUUGGUUGUUUAGAUUUUUGGAUGUUUCCAGAGUCUCUUAAUGCAUGUGCUGAAUAGAGUAUAAACUAGAUUAAGCCAAUUUCCAUGUCUCUCCCAACGGGCACCUAUUUCAGUUUAUACAUGAUUUGCAAAGUAUGUAUGUUAGAUUUAAAUUUCUGUAGUCAUUAUAUUGUAGAAUAUAUCUUAUUGGCAUAUUUUUGUUUGGGAAACAAAAAUGAAAAUGGCAGUUGUUUACUGCAACAAUUGGUCCUCAGGAACACUGUAUACGUGUGUGGUAAGUAUGUGUAUGGUUAUGGUUGGAUGUGUCGGCCUGAUAGCUAUUCCUUUGGUCUAAAUCUCAAGUAUGUCUCAUGUUUUUUUUUUUUUUUUUUUUUUUUUUUUUUACUUGCUUUCCAGACUCUUUUCUUUUUCUGAAGUUAGCAGGUAAUUCCAGUUGUAAAAUGAUGGGAAUUAUGUAGUAGUCUCUUUAAAACAAUGUCCGUCUUGAACAGAGUUUUUAAUGUCUCUCAUUCAGCCCAGUGUUCUCGCAGCACUUUAAAACAAACUGCCAAAAUUUUCGAGCUGGAUCAGUAAGAUUGGCUUAAUUAAAUGGUGAAUAAUGGAAUGUAUUCAGGUCUGUUGCGCUUUGCAGACGCUGGUGAAUUUGUGCAAAUCAUUCAUUUACACCCUUUCUGUCAACAAUUCUCUAAAUUGGUUUUCUCCGUUAAGCAAUUUGACGCAUUUAAAUGACACAUGAACCAACUUUUAUAUGCCAAAAUGCAUGAUAAUAAGUCAAAUCCUCAAAUAAACCGAAUGCAGCAGUGUUUUGUAUUUUUUUUCUGUCCGUUGUAAGUGGACUUGUGAAAAGUUGUUUCAUGUGUCGUUUUUUACCAUGCCACAGUGACUUCACUCAAAGGGUUUUUCAAAGUCAUCUUUGUUUCUGUGAGUUUAUAUAUUUGGUAUAUUUGGUAUCUGUACCAAUGAAAAGCUUCUUAUUUUUAGUUUAUAUCCCCCCACUUUCUCACUCUUGACCUUAUCCAGUUGUACCACAGAGAUAGCAGGCAGUGCUUAAACGCUUGUAGCAUGUUACGGGAAAGUAAAUUGAACAAUAUGAUUUGAAGCUAAUUUAUAUUUCCACAAGAAAUUUUCAUGUUUUUGCCUUUCAGCAUCAAGAUUAUGUAUUUAAGGAUGAACAAAGACAAAAAUCCCGAAUGACCUCAAGUAAAACAUUGCUGUAAUUGACAUAAUAAAAAAAAGUUUUUCAA